GUGAAAGAUCUUCGCUCUAACCCGUCUUGUCUGUGUGUUUGGCUUUUUCGGCGCCGCGUCGAGUUCGGUGCCGGCGGUGGGGAUGCGAGAGGUGGCAGCAACAGUUACAAUCGCUGAGAGUUCGCCGUGCCCGGAUAGGAAGCGCCGCAGGCUGCAGGGCUUGUGCCUGCGUGGGCUGCGUGAUUUAACUUCGAGCAUGUUAAAUCGAAGUAACCUUCUGUGCGCUUUGUGUUGUAAAGGCUGAAGGUUUGGAAACGGAUGUUGGAAGAUGUUAGCUGUGGAUACUGGGGUUGUGGAGGAGUGGUUAUCAGAGUUUAAGACACUGCCAGAAGCAUCCAUAUCCAGCUAUGCUACCAGUUUGAAAGACAAGACUGCUUUGAUUUCAUCUCUUUAUAAAGUAAUUCAGGAUCCACAGAGUGAACUUCUGGAGCCAGUUUGCCAUCAGCUGUUUGAGUUCUAUCGCAGCGGUGAGGAACAAUUGCUACGGUUUACGCUGCAGUUUCUACCAGAAUUGAUGUGGUGCUAUCUUGCUGUCUCAGCCAGCAGAGAUUUGCAGAGCAGUGGGUGCAUAGAGGCUCUUCUCCUGGGAGUUUAUAACUUGGAGAUAGCUGACAAAGAGGGACAUAGCAAAGUGCUGAGUUUCACAAUUCCGUCUUUGUCCAAACCUUCAGUCUACCAUGAACCUUCCAGCAUUGGCUCCAUAGCUCUCACUGAAGGAGCUUUGUCUCAGCAUGGUUUGUCCAGGGUUGUGUACAGUGGACCUCAUCCUCAAAGGGAGAUGCUAACAGCACAGAACAGGUUUGAAGUGCUGACUUUCCUUCUGCUCUGUUACAAUGCUGCCUUAAGCUACAUGCCUGCAGUGUCUCUUCAGUCAUUGUGUCAAAUUUGUUCAAGAAUUUGUGUCUGUGGAUAUCCUCGCCAACAAGUGAGAAAGUACAAGGGAGUCAACAGUAGGAUUCCGAUUUCAUCUGAAUUCAUGGUGCAAAUGCUAACAGGGAUCUAUUAUGCCUUUUAUAAUGGAGAAUGGGAUCUGGCUCGUAAAGCUAUGGAUGACGUUUUGUAUAGAGCACAGCUUGAACUGUAUCCAGAACCUCUGCUGGUUGCUAAUGCAAUAAAAGCUUCACUGCCUCAGGGUGCCAUGAAAUCUAGUAAAGAAGGUACAAGAUGCAUUCAGGUUGAAAUUACACCUACUUCAUCUAGAAUAUCAAGAAAUGCUGUAACUAGCAUGUCUAUCCGAGGGCACAGAUGGAAAAGGCAUGGUAAUUCUGAUUUAGGAAUUGAAGAAGAACUAAUAGAGGUAUCUGAAACUGAUGAAGGGUUUUACUCUAGGGCUACUUCUAGUGCAAGUCAGUCUGCCCUAUCUAACAGCAGCAACACGAGCAGCAAGAACCUUCUAGGGAAGAGCCAGCGAAGGUCUGGAGGAAUCAAAGCUGGAGGAAAAGAAAAAGAAGGAGAAACCUGCAGAGAACACUUAUCACGAAAACAAACUCAGAGAGCCAUGAGUGAGAAUCUAGAGCUUGUCUCUCUGAAGAGACUGACACUGACAACUAGCCAGUCCCUGCCUAAGCCUGGCAGUCAUAGUCUGGCCAGAACGACCACUACUGUGUUUAGUAAAUCCUUUGAACAGGUCAGUGGUGUCACAGUUCCAAAUAAUCGUGGUGGUGUCUCUGGUAUGGAGGCAAACAGGUUUUCAGCUUGCAGUCUUCAGGAGGAAAAACUGAUAUAUGGAACAGAAAGAACAGAUCUUCCAAUUUUAAGCAAACCACCUAAUCAGCAGCGACCUCCAAGUAUUAGCAUAACUUUGUCAACAGAUUGAUAUUAAAUUGGACAUUAUGAAAAAUAAAUUAUUGAGGAUUUGUUCUGAUAUUGGUAAAUUAAAGUCCUUAAUAUGCUAUACAUUACUUCCUUAAACCCCAAGCCUGUAAAUUCUUACUUGGCUCACGUUUGACAGUAAUAGUGAAUAGACAACAGUUGUAAUUAUUUUUGAGUCAACUUCUGAUAGCUUGGAAAGUUAUUCUUUUUACAACUUCAUGAGAAGUUUACACCUUCCCCAGUUGAACAAGCAUUGACUGGUUGUUUGGCCACUGAUGAAGGUGUGUGGCUUCUUACAGAUGUGUAGUGUAGGAACAAAUAGAGACUUUCUCCCAGAUUCUACUUUUUCACUACCCUUGGCAUAGGCAAAACUGCAAGUACCUUUUUUUUUUUUUUU